UCCAAAGAUUGAAUGACUAUAAAAGCCAGAAAGGAAAUGAAAUAGAACCAUUAUUGAAUAGAAAGAUGCAUCAACUCUCGUUAAUUGCAAUUCUAACAGUAGCUGCGUCUGCAUUCGCUUACGAUUUUCCAAACUAUGUAACGCCAUGUUCAAGACAUGAUCCACAUCUGAACGACUGCAUAAAAAAGAAUUUCGAGCAAGCCCGGCCGCACUUAGAGGAAGGAAUUCCGAAAUUGUUCGUGCCUUCUAUGAACAAAUUCGAAAUCACGAAGGUCGAAAUGGUCAGCGACCUUUUAAAUGUAUUGGGCACAAAUGUGGCUCUUUAUGGAUUACAUAACGUUGCCUUAAAAGAUGUGCAAGUUGAUUUGAUCGAAAAAACAUUCAAAUUUGAUUUUAUAUUAAUUAAUUUCGAAGCACGAGGUGACGUGGAUUUGGAGGGUAAGCUGUUAAACUCUAUUAUAACAACAAAUGGAAGAACUUACGGGAAUGGAACCGAUUUUCAUGUUUCGCUAAAAUUCGAUGCGGAGGAAUACGAGAAGAAGAACAAAGUGUAUUUAAAAACGAAGAACGUUCAAGUGACAACGAAGAAUAACGGCAGAUUCUUCUUCGAUUUUGGAAAUCUCAAAGAAAACAACGAGGGUGCAAGUCGGGCCCUAAAUGGAUUCAUCAACGAAAAUCAGGAUUCGUUUGUAGACACCCUUAGUCCCAUUCUUGAAAACGUAUUUGAAGGAAUCAUCGCGGAAAUAUUCGUGAGAAUGUUUUCUAAAAUACCGUACGACGAAUUGUUUCCGAAUAAUUAA